AGUACUCGAGGCACAGAGCGACAGCGUUGGGCGGCAGCGUCGGAAGAUGGAGCUCGAAGGCGGCAUGGCGGCUGUCGGCGAGGAGGAGGAGGAGGAGGCGGCGGCGGCGAAGAAGAGGGCGAGGCCGAGCGAGGAGGUCGAUGGCGAGUGCCAAAGCGAUGGUGUUCCGGAAGCACCUUCCGCGGAGCACGGGAAGCCGGCGGACGGCGUCUCCUCUGUCAUCCCCGGGUGGUUCUCCGAGAUAAGCCCACUGUGGCCAGGAGAGGCUCACUCUCUAAAGGUGGAAAAGGUACUGUUUCAAGGAAAGUCAGAUUACCAAAAUGUGAUGGUAUUUCAGGUGAUUAUCACUUUUGAGUGGCGUGUCGUUGGAUUUUUCGUUGUUAAUGUGACAUUUGUUGAACUUAAAUAUUCUAGUCAUGCUAAGCAUAAAAUAUUUAUGUUGUUUUGGUGGCAGUCGUCCACAUACGGCAGAGUGCUUGUUUUGGAUGGAGUGAUUCAAGUAACAGAAAGGGAUGAAUGUGCCUACCAAGAAAUGAUUACUCAUCUUCCACUUUGCUCGAUCCCGAAUCCUAAAAAGGUUUUGGUUAUUGGCGGUGGUGAUGGUGGUGUAUUGCGAGAAGUAUCACGCUACUCUUCUGUGGAGCAAAUAGACAUAUGUGAAAUUGAUAAGAUGGUUGUUGAUGUUUCCAAGCAAUUCUUUCCGCACCUGGCCGUUGGAUACGAAGAUCCUCGUGUUACUCUACACAUUGGUGAUGGAGUUGCAUUUAUCAAAGGUGUUCCUGAAGGUACUUACGACGCGGUCAUUGUAGACUCAUCCGAUCCAAUAGGUCCAGCUCAAGAACUUUUCGAGAAGCCUUUCUUUGAAUCAAUUGCUAAAGUUCUUCGUCCAGGAGGAGUUUUGUGCACACAAGCAGAGAGCAUAUGGCUUCAUAUGCAGCUCAUCGAAGGCAUCUUAUCUGCCUGUCGUCAAGUCUUUAAGGGCUCUGUGAAUUAUGCUUGGACAACUGUACCUACGUACCCAAGUGGAGUGAUCGGUUUCAUGCUUUGCUCCACCGAGGGGCCACCAGUCGAUUUCCAGCAUCCUGUGAACCACAUUGAUGAGGAUGAGGUUUCCAAGAAAUCUAAAGGACCCUUGAAGUUUUACAAUUCCGAGAUCCAUUCUGCUGCGUUCUGUUUGCCAUCUUUCGCGAAGAGGAUUAUUGGUUCUGAAGCUCACUAAUGUCUCCUCAAUGACAUAAAGAUGAGAUGAAAAGGUGCAGGGUGCGGGAACUUCAUACUUUUGUGGCUCAUCCAUGCUCUAUAUUAGUUCAAAACUCAUGGAUGCCAUGAGGAAAAAAUUCUAUCGAUUCAGACUAGUCUUUUAUCAUAAUUCAAAGAACACCCAUCUACUCAACAAAUUCUUCUAGAAUGAUUUCUAGUAUCGAAUGAAGAGUUAUUGGUUUUGAAGCAUUAA